AUGCACAAUCCUCUGCUAGACGAUGAUGAAGCCCCUCCUGGGGCUGAGCAGCAACCGACAGCAGCAGCAACAGCAGCAACAGCUGCGGAGAAGGCUGCAGCACGAACAGCAGCAGCAGAAACAGCAGCAGCAGAAACAGCAGCAGCAAACCCAGCAACUUUAGGAGGGGUGAAGGACCCCAAGCCCGAUCCCUCAGUAACAGAAGGAGUAGGGACUUGCAAGGGCAGCAGCAGCAGCAGCAACAGCACCAACAACAGCAGCAGCAACAGCAGCAGCAGCACGUCUCCUGCUGCUGCUGCUGCAACUGCAGCAGAUGCAGGAGAUAAAAAGAGACAGAGCAACGGAGGGACAGGCUACACCCGGCAGCAGAGAAAGAGAUCGAGAGGGGAGAAAAUAAGGCAGCAUAUGCAGCGCCUGCAGCAGCAGCACAAGCAGCAGCAGCAGCAGCAGCAGCAGCAGCAGCAGCAGAUUGAAGGAGACACUCAAAGUCCUGCAGCAGCAAAUGAAACGCCUCUAAAAAUACCUAGACCCCCUAAGAAGAAAUUCGUACUGCUGAUUGGGUACAACGGAGCGAAGUUUCACGGCUUUCAGAAGCAAUUUAAACAGCAAGACCCCUCAAGCAGAGACUCUGAGACCUCCUCUGGUGAAGAAGAAAAGGAGCAGCAGCAGCAGCAGCAGCAGCAGCAGCAGCUGCAGCAGCAGCAGCAGCAGCAGCAGCAGCAGCUGCAGCAGCAGCAGCAGCUGCGGACAGUAGAAGGGGAGCUUGAGGAGGCGCUGCUGCGCUGUGGUAGUAUUGCUGCUGAACAUUUCGGGUGUCUGCAGCGGCUGCAGUGGUCGCGAGCAGCAAGAACAGACAAAGGAGUGCAUGCAGCAGCAAAUGCUGUUGCUCUUAGGCUUUCUUUAGGUCCUGUUGCCUUCACUCACAACCUGCAGCAGCAGCAGCAGCAGCAACAGCAGCAGCAGCAGCAGCAGCAAGGGGAGCACCAAGAGACGCACGCGCAGCAGCAGCAACACCCAACGCCUCCACUCUCGCAGCAGCAGCAACAGCAACAGCAACCCAAGCAAGAGGAGCAGCAGCAAGAGCAGCAGCAGCAGCAACAACAACAGCAACAGCAGGAUUUAGAUGUGGGGACAGAGGACUUCGAUUGUCUCUCUCGGGGUGUAUGUACACUAGACAAAGAAGCUGUUGCUCAGUGGCAGCAGCAGCGGCUGCUGCUGCUGCUGCAGCGGCUGCAGCAGCAACUGCCGAAAGACAUUUGCUGCUUCGAUAUUCGUCCGGUCACCAAAAACUUCGAUGCCAGGGUCAGCUGCUCGCGGCGGGUGUAUGAGUAUGUAAUGCCGCUGUGGCUGCUGCAGCCAGCAGCAGUGAGAAGAGAUCUUAUUUGCUGCUACACUCGCUGCAUGCAGACAGACGCAGCAGCAGCAGCAGCAGCAGCAGAUGCAACAACAGCAGCAGCAGAUGCAACAACAACAGCCACCAGCGAGGAGGCUACAACCAGCAGCAACUCCACGGACUCAGAACAAAGAGCAGCAGCAGCAGCAGCAGCAGAUGCAGCAGCAGAAGAUGCAGCAGCAACAGAUGCAGCAGCAGCAAAAGAAGCAGCAGCAGAUGCAGCAGCAAUCCCUGCUGAUGCUCCCCCUGUCAGCAGCGAUGUCCCUCUUCACUUUGCUUCUCUCUACCCCAACCCCCCUCCAAAACUCUCCGACCAGGAGCUAGUUGAUCGGCUAGGCAAAGUGCUGCGACUUUAUGAAGGGACCUAUUGCUACCGCAAUUUUACUCGUGGAAGCAAAAACAAAGACAAAAAUUUAGCAGCAUUUAAACGUCACAUACACUCCGCUACCGUCAAACUGGGGAAACUUCCCGGCUAUGACGAGCCUGUGGCGGUGGUUCGCUUAGAAGGGCAGUCUUUCCUCUACAAUCAAAUCCGCAAGAUGAUGGGGUUGGCGGUAGAGAUAUGCAGACGUACAGCCCCUGUCUCUUCGAUUAGAGCUGCUACUGGUGGCAGCAGUGGCAGCAGAGUAUAA